AUGACUACUAGUCUGGAUGUUGCGCAGAAGAGAACCCGAGAAAGUGCAUCCAAAGUACGGACUGGGUGUAGCACUUGCAAAGCGCGGCGAGUGAAAUGCGAUGAAGCAAAACCCAUAUGCCGACGCUGCGCCAUUGGAAGCCGAUUAUGUGUUUACAAUACUGUGCGUGCCACGCCUUCUCGAAACGUUAUCACGAUAUAUCUACCUCCUACACAAAGCCAACCGGUGCUCUAUUCCAAUUAUCGCGGCCUCGACUUCUUCCGUCAUAAUCUUGCCGCAGAGCUAGAUGGAAAAUUCGAUUCAAAGUUCUGGGGCAAGCUCGUAUUGCAACUAUCCCAUUCUGAGCCAGCAGUUCGACAUGCCGUUUCAGCCAUCAGCAUCAUUUAUCAAGACGUCGAAUCAUCUUUACGGCAUCCGACAGGCUGUGUCAAUGCCAACCUACGGGCACAUCAGGAAUGGAAUACAGCAGUGAGGAACCUAUCAGUUCGAAUUCAAGAGCAUCCCCAUUCCAAUUUGGUGCCAUUAGUUUGCUGCCUUCUGUUCACAUGUAUCGAGCUUCUUAGGGGCAAUAUCCAUUCUUCUUUGUUUCACGUUGAGAAUGGAUUCAACAUCCUCGCUGCGCUCCGUUAUAACAAUGAUGGAUCUCUGCAUGUUGGGUCUAGCAUUGCAUCUAACGAUCGUAAAGCCAUCGAAGACCAUAUCGUCCCGGUGUUCUUACGCCUAAAUGUGCUGUGUUCUCUCGCUGGAAGAAUGACUCCGCGAAUGUAUUCUUCUGCAUCUGAACAUGACACUCCUCAAAAAGACCUUACAGAUUCCAGACGACGGCUCUAUGAAGUCUCAGAUACCUGCCUCCGAUUCAUUGGAAAAGCCACUCUUAAGGCAGCUACGUUCCAAAUUGAUAUCGAUGACCUCGUUGAACAGGUUAAACUUCAAACAAGGCUAGACACAUGGCGCGAACAGCUAGAUGAACUUCUUCAACGAGUGCAGACUGUUGGCAGCCAAUCAAACCAGGAUGCGCUUAAUAUACUUUUGGUACACUUCAAAGUCAUUUACAUCUGGAUACGAGUAUGCACUACUGCUAGUGAAACUGCUCCAGACUCCUACCACAGCGACUUUGAAGAGCUGCUGCAUUACGCGGAACUCAUCGCCAAGCCAGGCACAGGACUAGUAACACCACAGCCACUAUCUUUCGAUGUGCAAAUCUUAGGACCUCUGUACUAUACUGCGCUGAAAUGCCGGCAUCCUAUCAUUCGAAGACGGGCGCUAGAAAUGCUGCGAUCGGCGCCUCGACGGGAAGGGCUCUGGAAUGGCCAUUACGCCUACGUAACUGCCAAACGAGUUAUUGAUCUUGAAGAAGAACAUCUCAAUGGGCAAGAGUUGCCAGAUGAGACUUCGAGAUUGCAUGGUCUUCCUCUGCCUGAUGAAGAGUCUCGAAUCUACAAUCUGGGAGAUGUAUCUUUGAACUAUAACACAUUUGGCCACGACAUCAUGCCCAGCCCGAUUUACCCAGGCACACUUGAAGCUAUAUUUAGGAAAAAGCCGUGGGGCUUGUCAGGAGAGUGGCAAACACACACGGAGUAUAUCAAAUUAUGA